AUGACAGGAGCAUACAAUGUGUGCUGCAAUGUGUUCGUGUGGCUGUUUGGAUCGUAUUGGCAGUAUUGGUGCAACCGAGGGCCUGUAUUAGGAUUGCAACGCCUUAACCAAAGUAAGGAAGAAAUGGAACUUGUGUUGUGAGGAAAAUUAUUGCUAUUUUAGUAUUUCUUCUAAUUAUAGACGCAUUGUGCUAAGUUUGCACAAUUCAUUCUACAUUAAAAAAAGUAAAUUUGAGAUGUGGGGCGCUUACCUUUUGUAUGGAAAUUUCAGUGAAACAUUUCCGUCAAAUGGUACUGGUAUUUUUUUUGUCACCGAAAACAGGAACGGGAUUGAGUAGUAUCAUUUACAAAAUACCGGUAAAAUUUUCGCUUUCUCACGACAUGAAGCCUAGAACUAGUAAUCCAAACAAAUGGUACAGAAAAUUUCGGUCGUUCCGGUAAAAACGGGAAAAAGGUAAUAUCUCGAAAGGUAUUACUUUUUUUCCAGAAAACUUCCACCGGGAUGAACUGUUCCAUUUCAAUUCUCCCCGGAAUUUCCGGGUUUUCUAUACAAACUGGUAAGCACUCCUGAUCGUACUGAAGAAUAACGUAGAUAAUAGCAAUUAAGUUUCCCUGGCAACCUCCCUUUUGUUUAGCCAAAAUAUUGAGGCCACUAACAAGAUUUGCCGAAACAGAGGAUUAGAGUUAUCUACUGAUAAGGGCACGCCUCUGAACUCUGUUGGUGACUUUUAUCCUUUGUACGAAUUCGUAAAGACAGACCAAGGUUAUAGCGCCAGUUUUGCUUUGAAGAAUCGAUCAAAAGCAUGAUUAAGGAACAUUAUUUUGCUUUAAUAGUUUCUUGGCAAUAUAUACAAAAGACUAAAAGUAUUGACGGGGGAACCGAUAACAGGAACUACUUCCCUCAAUGAAGGAUUACCUAUUAAAGUAAACAUUGUUAGAAAAGGGAAUUCCUUCAGCGAACCACUCCUUCUAAAGGAAGCUUAAUUCUUCGUGUUUACUUAGUUGUAGCCUUGUGGCGACUUGAAUUGGCGCACAAACCUCUAGUAAAGCUUUUAAAUAUAUACGAUAACUGUAAAAAGAACAAUAAGUCGUAAUCCAUUAACCUAGUGCCUCGGUUACUGGACUUAAUAACUUUUGCUUGCCCUUCGAUAAAUUGAAUUCGGUAUUCUGUAUUCUGUUUUCGGUUUUCUUUAUUCUAGAGGGCGAAACUGAUACAAGCGAACGACAGGGAGGGGUAGUCUUGUUAGCUGAAAAAUUGGACCGGAAAAGGCUUGCCCUAAAAACCGUAGCCUGUACUAAUUCCCUUCCCCUUCCCUUUGGAACGCAUGCCACGCAGGCUAUAAAAACCACGUCAGCAGGACUAGUACAAAAGAAAAGGGGCUAGAAAUGUUAGAAACGAUCGCCAAGGUUUUUUUACAGCGUUAAUUAUAUACGGUGCCUGACUAGAAUCAGCUGUAGAAUGACUAAAUAAGUUCUGCGAUUGAUUUAACUAACUAGCAGAAAUGACCGGUCACGACGCCUGAAAUACCUGACAACACGCCUCACUACUGGAGAGUUCCCUGAAAAGGUCUCUUUCGGUUACAACGGAGCUCAAAGACAACCGACGCUAAUAAAUUAAGAGCAGUGUCAUCCUUGUAACACACAAGCACUUAACUUUUACAUCAAAGUGGACAGUUAAAAAAUCCUCACUUAGUUACAUUUAGUUUUAAAACACUUAACUUAGUCAAGUAUUUUAAGUACUUUUUCAAAUUUUACGGUGAUCGCUAAGUUGUUUUCUUUUCCCCGUUAGGGUUAAAUCGACACCAGAAUCAAGCUACGCUGCUUCGUGACCUUUCGAUGACUGAGCGAAUAGCUGUCGAAAACAAUGACUAUGGACACUAUGAUGAUGGUACGGCAUAGUAAGUUUGAUUAUAAAAAUACUAAAAGUAGGUCUGAAAUUAUCUAAAUAAAAAAUAUUAUAAAAAAGAAUUCUUAAUUUAUAAAAUCUACUGAUCUUUGGUUUUGUUUUACAGUUUACAUCCAACAUCAAUUUACAAUCGCUUUAAUCAAGUCAUGCUUCCUCGUCUGAGUAAUAUAUAUCCCGUUAAUUCCAAUAAGCGCCUCCUCCCUCCCCUUUCGGGAAUAAGCUGUCCUCCAAUCGACGGGCCAAAAUUUUAAGUGAUAUACUGUAUUUUUAUGCAGAAAAAAAAAAUACAUAUUAGAACCGCAAAUUAAAAAAUGCCCCCUUCAUUGCCUUGUUUCCUCUUGGAUAGGAUCAAAGUUGUAACAUAUCUGACAUAUGUUUACUGGAUACAUUUUCAGGGCCAUUUCCGUUUCAGUGCACUGACGCAAUCUAA